UCUUCCUCUCGUUCAUUUUGCAGCUGCCCGGUUUUCGGCGCAGAGGAAAAAACCAUUCUGCACUAGGAGGUGGGGUGGGGAGUCUCGUUUUUUUUUUUUUGCCCCUCCUGCCGCAGGGAACAAUGGAACCGUCUAAGGAUCGGGGCAAGGAAGACGCCGUGCCUGGGUUCUUCUGAUCGGGGUGAGGUGGGGGAGCCACAGUCUAUCCCGCCAGCCUUUCCCCGCUAUUCUUCGGCCGCGGAUUGGCUUCGUCGCUCCAGAAAGCCUAUGGGUAAAAUUCCCGGUCUUCUUCGCUAGUUUAUACCAGCCCCUUAGCACUCAUGCCGCCGCCGCUGCAGCUGCUGCUUCCUUUUUCGCCUUUGGAACUCCCUGCCUCUUGAUUGCUGGCGCAGAGUUCUUGGAAGAGAAGAGCGGAGGAGAAGCAGAACCAUCAUGGUCCUUACGCAUCCAGGAUUGGGGUUUGCGCCCCUUUCCUUUCCACUUCCUCUCCUGCUGGCCGAUUUCUAAAGGGGGCCGAUUGCCCCCCUGCUGCCUCCUUUCUCCCUCUGCCUGCUCCACUUCCUCGUAGCCGGUGGGGAUGUCGCGAUCGCCUUCUCCUCUUCCUCCUUCCUCUUCCUCCUCCGCCGCCUUCACCCGGUCAGGCAGAUCGAAACCGUCCUAAGAUCUUCGCGGACCGCAGGGAAGAUGUUGCAAAGUAUUGGCCUGACUCUCCUGGUCAUCGUGGCUACCUUGUUUUUUGUCUUGCUCUUCAUGCUCUGUGGUUGGUGCGUGGUCUGGCAGCUCUUCUUAUCCAAGUUUAAGUUCCUACGAGAGCUGAUUGGAGACGCAGGAUCCCAACAAGAGGACAGCGAAAAUGCAAAACCAGAAGCUGAACCAGAUGCGCUGCUGCUCACUCCACAGAGAAGUAGGCAGAAACCUACACGUCAGCGAAAGGGACUGGCCGAAGAAGCAAGCUAAAAUGAAAUGCCUGGGUAAUUUCCAAACAAUGGACGAUCAACGUCGAUUAAACGGUUUGUUUCUACCAAUGUCCUAAGCAAGACAACCAAACUAUUUCCAAAGAAGUUCAGAGAACUUUUUUUAAAAAGCAAAAUGGCAGUAGGGGAAGAGAAUGAAAAGCAAGAAGCAUCUUAUCCUUUCUGGGCAGGGUUACAAGGAAGAGAACUACAGAAGUGAUUUUCUGUUCCUCGCCGAUUAUGCCUAGUUUUUGCACAAAGGUGAACACGAUCAACUGUUGGCUAAUGACAUCUUUAUAAGACUAUUAUUAAUAGCAAUUAACCUUUGUUCUUUGUGUAUCCAUUUUGUAUAGAAAUAUAUGUAUGAAUUCUGAAUAUUUCUAAGAGGUGUCACCCUCCCACAGAAUAAGGACUGUAGAGAGGCUCCAUCAACCAACUUAAACAUAAUCAGGAAAUGAAAUUCGGCAUUGGAUUGUAUGUCUGUUUUCAAGCUUCUUUACAAAUGAAAACAUUUUGCCAGAUUAGUGCAUAACUGUAAAUGUUUAAGGAAAUCCCUUCUGUUUUUCCUUAAUAUAGAAAAGAGGAGCAUCUGUUACAAAUCCUCAUCUGAUAUCAUUUUUUAAAAGAAACUAAUCAGUUGGCUUUAAAAUGGAACUUUUCCUCGUUUGCCUUUUUUUUUUUUUUGCACCAAAAAUCAACAAACUAAAUACCGAAUUCCAAGGUAGCUCCAGGGAUUAUAUUUUAUUAGUCUCAAUGUUGUGCUUAAUGGUUUGACCAAGAACUUUGUAAUUAGUGUUGUUUUUUCCAACUUUUAACAGCUACAUCUGAUGAGCGCCCACAGUUCUGCUUGAAUUAUGUAUAAAGCAGGCCAGAUAGUAGCAAUCAAAGUUGUA